UGGAUUUAUUUUUGAAAUGCGUCCACACAGUAUAUCAGAAGAGCUGCUGUCACUGCGUUUAUCUAUCGGUCAGUUUUUAUCACCGCGACGCGACCUCAGUCACUGACAAAUAAUGAACAGUGAAACGAGCUUUUAAACCUUUUCCUAAGGUGAUUCAGUGAGUCAUUGUGUCGACUUAAUCUGUUCGAACAGUUCAUGAACAACCAUCACGAGUGAUGAAUAUCUCCCAAACCAACUGUUAAUAGUCCAAACCCACAGAAAAGCCGAUUAUUAUAAAGAUGGCGUUUAUUAAAGAGGAGAGUGAAGACGUGACUGUUGAAGAAAUAUUCACAGCCAAACAUGAAGACUUUGAAGAAGCGUUUAGAGUCAAACAUGAAGAUGCUGUGGAGCAAACAGACCUGAUUGUGGUGAAAGUGGAGAGUGAAGAUCUGAAUGAAAUGGAAGAGGUGAGUCCUCACGAUUGCAGAACUGGAGAAAAUUCUGGACAUUCUGACUCCCCAAAAAGUGCUCAGAAGACUACAUGUCAUGUUUUCUGCCAACUUUGUGGAAAGAGUUUCGUUAAUAAAGGAACUCUUAAAAUCCACAUGAGACUUCACACCGGAGAGAAGCCGUACAUCUGCCAAGAGUGUGGAGAAAGAUUCCCUCGUAUAGACACUUUAAAAACCCACAUGAACAUUCACACUGGAGAGAAACCUUACUUAUGUCAAGAGUGUGGAAAGAGUUUUCAACAGAAAUGUAAUCUUACGACGCACAUGAGGGUUCACACUGGAGAGAAGCCUUACACAUGCCAACAGUGUGGAAAAUGUCUCUCAACUAAGCGCCGGCUUGAUGAACACGUGCUGAUGCACUUUAGAGAGAACAGUUUUAAAUGCCAUCAGUGUGAAAUGAGUUUCUCAGACAUAAACAUCCUCAAGAGGCACAUAACAACUCACAUCGGACAGAAGCCUUUUAUAUGCCUUCAGUGUGGAGUGAGCUGCACAAACAAGGCAAACCUCAAGACUCACAUGAGGAUCCACACUGGAGAAAAGCCUUUCACCUGCAUUGAGUGUGGGAAGUGCUUUUCACGGAAACAUUGUCUUCAGGAUCACAUGGUAAUACACACCGGAGAGAAGCCGUACACGUGUGAUCAGUGUGGAAAGAGUUUCACUAAUAGUGGAAACCAUUAUCUCCACAUGAAAAUUCACACUAGAGAGAAAACUCAUCUGAUAUGAUCCCUUCAUCCCUGGGAACGGCAGUAUUGGCAUACGUACACAUACCUUAACAAUGCUGCUACCUCGACUAGCAGGUGCACAUGCCCACUAGCCCACGGAUAUUUGCACAUUUUGCCUUUGACUUUGCUCAGACUCAACUUUAUUAUCCCGUUUAAGGAAACUAAAAUCGCAGCAAGGUGCAGUAACACAGGCGAAGUUCCAUGUACACAUUAAUAAAUGCCAUCACUCCCGGACUCACUACACACACAUAUUCCAGAAACACAUUUCAUAUUUGUUUUAUAUUUUGAGUAACGGCAAAACAGAGCAGCGAUAAUGACCAUUAUUACCUAAUUACCACGUCUGCACAGAAUAUUAGUAGUCUGUCUGUGCUGGAAAAGGGAAGCUAAUGUUAAUAAAUGUUAUGUUGUCUUUUGUGGUAUUUAAUUAUAUGGGACCAGUUAUGCAACUUGUGAAUAUAUCCCACCUCCAUUAAUAAAAAUGUAUUAAUUGUUUAUCAUCAGACUUGAUCAGAACAGUCAGCAGAAACACUUUGACAUUCUCCCUUUGUAGGUGUCAUCAAAGGGGGAAAGCCCCGCCCACUAAUGACCAUCUCUCCUUCAUUAGCCUAAAUAGCCCUGAUUGAGAAGUGUAGGAUAAUGUUAGUGACUAAGAGGCAUUAUAAAUGUCGACUUUUUAAACCUGUGCCCCUUCUGAAAAAAUCAAGCGUCAAGCUUUGGUUUGUUUAGUCUUGAUACGUUGUUCAAAUUGUAGAACCCCAAAUCAGUUGGGACAGUUUGGAAAACGCAAAUAAGAAAAAGAAAGAAGUGACUUCCAAAUUUGCUUUGCAUUUCAUUGCAGACAAUAUAACAAACUUUAUUUAAUGUGUUCCUCUGGAUUUUUUAUUUUUUUUA